AUGAUUAAUUUACAAACUAAAAUAAGGAUGAAAAUAAAUUCUUCACAGGUUUUAUAUUUCACUCUGAGUGCCUACGUAGAUAUCAGUACGUGCACAUACUGCAUAUUUAUGGUGGUUAUGAGUAUUUAUGUGUUAAUCAUUGGUUGUAAUGUUGUUCUGAUCGUGGUCAUCUGUGUGAACAGGAGUCUUCAUGAACCCAUGUACAUGUUUCUGUGCAGCCUGUUUGUAAAUGAGCUGUAUGGAAGUUCAAGCUUGUUUCCAUUCCUGCUGGUCCAGGUUCUCUCAGAUGUUCACACUGUUUCUGCUCCUGUUUGUUUCCUGCAGCUCUUUUGUCUUUAUUCAUAUGCAAGUGUAGAAUUUACUAACCUAGCUGUGAUGUCUUAUGACAGAUAUGUUGCUAUCUGUCACCCUCUGCAAUAUAAAACAAUAAUGUCACAAAGAAGAAUUGUUUUUCUGAUAUGUCUCAUAUGGUUGCCUCCUUUUAUAGCCGUCAGUGUCACAACCUUUUUGAGUUUAUCUUUGCAGCUCUGUGGGAAUGUAAUCAAUAAUAUUUGCUGUAACAAUUACUCCAUCAUAAAACUGGCCUGUUCCGAGCCCAGAGUUAAUAAUGUCUACGAGCUUGUCAUGACUUUUCUGACAGUCUGCGUUCCAGUGUCUGUGAUCCUUUACACCUACAUGAGGAUCCUUAAAGUUUGUUUUUCUGGAUCCAAACAGACGCGACAGAAAGCCGUCAGUACCUGCACACCUCACCUGGCUUCUCUGCUCAACUUCUCUUUUGGCGUUUCUUUUGAAAUAAUACGAAGCAGGUUUAACAUGAACAAUGUUUCUAGUAUAUUACGAAUACUCCUGUCUCUUUAUUUCCUGACCUGUCAGCCCCUUUUUAACCCUGUUUUGUACGGUCUGAAUUUGUCCAAAAUACGUCACAUGUGUAAGAGACUGAUUCUACAAUCUCUGAGAAGAUUUUAUUAA